GCUCUAUCUCUAACACCAUGCUCUUAUGUCGUUUCUGGCGGUGAUUGAGAAUUGCCAUAAGCAGAUGUGGGCGCGGUCGCUCGCAGCGCUUGCGACGAUCAGCGAGUCGAUCAUGUUCUCAGUGUCGGAGAAGGGCAUGGCUCUCUCCGCCAUCAACCUCACCCAAACAUCCUAUGCGGAGAUCCAGUUUGAUCGCAGUUUUUUUAAAAAGUACGACAUGAGCUUUGUGGGCGCCAGCGGCGCGCCCGGUGUGGACAGCGGUUUCGAGACCGAGAACAAGCUCCCCAGCUUCAACUUUACGGUGUACGCCAAAAAUCUCUGUAUCGUGUUCAAGAAGCUCGAUACCGAGAUCGAUUACCUUCUAUUGCAGGUUGAAUUCCGGUCUAGCCGCCUUCGAUGUGAAAUAAAGGGGAAGAAUCUCAUCCGCCGGCAGUACUCGUGGUUCUUCACACCCGUUCAAAACAGCUUCACGUUAAACGUUCAACGGCUUUACCGCGACAGGUACGCAAACCAGAAGGAACUGGGGGUGCCUUCCUCCCGAGAAAUGAUCCACUACAUAAAGAUGGAGCCAGCGUUCCCGAAACACUUUCUCGACUUGAUUCCACCGUCGACGGAGGACUUCCGGCUUGAGCUUACGACGCCCAGCGGCGGCCUCCAUGGUGCCAAGUUGUCUUUGUAUGGCUUCACCAAGGCCGUCAUGAAGGAACGCGAGUAUUUGAAGCAGCCGAUGAGCACCACCAUGGCGACCGGCUUAGAAGGAUUGAUGGAUCAUAACUGUAAUCAGUGGCUAGAGACCGGGUCAGAAACUGGAGCAGAGCUCAGUCCAGCCAGUGCAACGUUCAGACUAAAAGACUUCAAGACAUUCAUGAGCAUAUGUAUAGCACCACUCGGAACUAAGGGCGGAACCAGCGCCGCAGAACUGAGUCCCAAUUCUGCGGAAAACUACCUCGAGGUGCUCUUUACUAGCGUCCCUGGCAACCCCAUUCUCUUCGAGACGCAAAAGUUGAGCAAGGUAACCGUGGCGUUUGUGUUGAUCACGGAUGGUGAGCGGGGACUGUUGCCCAAGACGUACACGCCCGUCAUUCCUGUCGCCCCGGCCGUUACGAUUGAACAGGCAAUGUAUUCAGCCACACAGAUUCAAAGGAAUGUCGGGAAGAUCCACCAAGCAAGACCAUAUGUGAUUGAACCAAAUAAUCUCGUGGUUCCGACUGAUCCGGACACCCGAAGUAGCAUUGGUGACACAGAUAACCACCGAAAUAUGGUCAGUAAUUACCACGAAAGUCAUGCCUUGUUUGUGCCUGAAGAUGCUUCGCAAGAGGGUGCAGCCUCACUAACCCAAAGGCCCGUGGAUGCACCGCUAGAAAUAGCUCCGGUGCCCAGUACACGUUCCACCGGACCGCAAAUCCUGGCGACGAUUGGGUGGGAUGAGACACCUGUUUCUGUACCCUCCACGAGAGAUGAGAGCUUCAUCCAGACCCCGUUGCACUUGCGGGCUAGAGGUAAAGCGAAAAAGGGAGAGACCUUACCAGAGCCCCCAAAACCAAAGGCACCAAAACGCCGACUCCUUACGCCCGAGGUUGAGGAGCCUCUUGCGGAUUCUUUGGGGCCCACCCAACAUGUGAAGAAACCCCGUGGGUUGUUUGACUGACGUCCUUUAAUUUUUCCCGUUUUUAUUUAGAUGACCAAAGUAUGGCAGCAGGCGUAGGCUGUUAUUAUGGGUUCGUCCGCCUAUCAGAGGACUAUGUUGGAAUAAGCCGUGCUUGGGUUAACCGCUUAAUUCAGGAAAAUUUGG